AUAUCAUCGUUAAAGUGACGGAGAUUUUACUACGGUUACGGGGCGUUGACGCGUGGGCGGUGAAUGCCAGCGUGCCGAGACAAGUGUAUUUUGCGCACCGGCACGGCUGUUCCGUUUCCCCACUAUUUUCGACGUGACCGCUCUUCCGUGCCUGCAGAUCUGGAUCAAGUUCUGAAUCCGUCGGAGGUGCGGGCUGCGCCGCCGAUGGCCAGAGCCGCUGACUCAAUUUCGUCCUCGAGCUCUGGCGAAGUGUCUAUCGAGUUCGGGGAGCAUGCUCAGAAGGUAACUGAUACAACGCAGGAUGCUACUCCUACAGGUGGCGCCGCUUGUCCCUCGCUCUCCGAUGGCGUUGGAAGCAACUCUUCCGGGAGCGCACAGGAGAUAUAUAUUCGACUAAAUUCUAUGCUACCUGAAGUGUCGAAUGAGCAGUUGGAGUCAGAAAAAUCAAACAUAGAGCGGCGAAGGGAUAGCAAUAUACUUGCCGAAGAGGCUUUGCAGAUAUUUGAUGAUCGCAUUCCGGUGCAACAAAAGCUCCAAUUGUUGAACAGAAUAGCUACAGUGAAAGAUGAUGGAACUGUAGAAUUUGAAAUUCCAGGAGAUGUUGCACCUCGUGCUCAUGGGGUUCAUCAGGAGAACAUAUAUACUAAAGCUGAUGAAGAGCACCUUGACAUGGCAGAGCUCAAGCACAUCCCUCCAUUGCAAAUUGUAAUGCUUAUAGUUGGAACUCGUGGAGAUGUGCAACCAUUUGUUGCGAUUGGGAAGCGACUACAGGAUUAUGGCCAUCGUGUUAGAUUGGCCACUCAUUCCAAUUUCAAAGAGUUUGUAUUGACAUCUGGAUUGGAAUUUUAUCCUCUUGGGGGAGAUCCAAAAGUUCUUGCUGAGUACAUGGUAAAAAACAAAGGGUUUUUGCCCUCAGGGCCUUCAGAAAUACCUGUACAAAGAAAUCAAAUAAAGGACAUUAUAUAUUCAUUACUUCCAGCAUGCAAAGAGCCUGAUAUGGACACUGGAAUUCCAUUCAAAGCAGAUGCUAUUAUUGCAAAUCCACCUGCAUAUGGGCACACACAUAUUGCUGAGGCUCUCAAAAUACCAAUUCAUAUAUUUUUCACAAUGCCAUGGACACCUACUAGUGAAUUUCCCCAUCCAUUGUCUCGUGUUAAGCAGUCUGUUGGAUAUAGAUUGUCGUAUCAGAUCGUUGAUUCAUUCAUCUGGCUUGGAAUAAGAGAUAUGAUAAAUGAUCUAAGGAAGAAAAAGUUGAAGCUGCGGCCAGUCACAUAUUUGAGUGGGUCACAUGGAUCUGAGUCAGACAUUCCACAUGGAUACAUUUGGAGUCCGCACCUUGUUCCUAAGCCCAAAGAUUGGGGACCCAAGGUUGAUGUUGUGGGAUUUUGCUUUCUGGAUCUUGCAACAAAUUAUGAGCCACCUGAGUCACUAGCUAACUGGCUUAAGUCUGGCUCACAGCCUAUCUAUUUUGGGUUUGGCAGUCUUCCCAUUCAGGAGCCUGAAAAAAUGACACAAACAAUUGUGAAAGCAUUAGAAAUAACUGAACAGAGAGGAAUUAUAAACAAAGGCUGGGGUGGCCUGGGCAACUUAGCAGGAGAAAAGGACUUUGUAUAUUUGCUGGAUAACUGCCCCCAUGACUGGCUUUUCUUGCAAUGUGCUGCAGUGGUACACCAUGGAGGUGCUGGAACGACGGCUGCUGGUCUCAAAGCUGCGUGCCCAACAACCGUCGUCCCAUUCUUUGGUGAUCAACCCUUCUGGGGAGACAGAGUCCAUGCCAGAGGUGUAGGUCCCCCUCCAAUCCCGGUUGAUGAGUUUGCACUCCCAAAGUUGGUCGACGCCAUUAAGUGUAUGUUAGAACCUAAGGUAAAGGAGCGCGCAAUUGAACUAGCAAAGGCCAUGGAAAAUGAAGAUGGGGUUACAGGAGCUGUGAAGGCAUUCUUUAAACACUUCCCGCGCAAGAAAAUUGAACUGGACGCAGAACCUACCCCAUCGACUAUUUUCUCCAUCCGGAGAUGCUUUGGCUGUUCAUAGAGGUAUGUAUAGAUCACUACCAUAUGGUUGCAUUGCAAGCAUGAGUUAUUUUGUUCAAUUGUGGUUAAUUUAUAGCUUAACUGAGUGAGCAAGUAUAGGUCUGUUGUUCGAUUUGGGUUUCGGAUUUAUUAUUAUAAAUGUAGGUAGAGUGUGUAUAUCAUCAUUUCAUAGAUUUUGAAUAAACCGAUUUGUUGUUGUAUAGUGUUAGGAUUUUGGUGUUCAACUAUUGACUUCAUGAUCAAAAUAAUUGUGUUUUGAA